AUGCUAGCUGACGAUCAACUCGAGAAUCCAGCUCCACGCGCGCGUGAAUUCCAGGUUGUGGUAUUGGCUGGACAUGGUGCCAACCUCCAGCCCCUUACCAAUAAUGUCAGUGGAAAUACGGCAGCCAAAGCCCUGUUGCCCGUCGGUAAUCGUCCGAUGAUCUCGUACAUACUCCAUUGGGUGGAGGACUGCGGUAUCUCUGAUGUUCUUGUGCUAGACGUGGUUAUCCUGCCUUGCGAUUUUAUGCCGCCGCCCGGCCUGUCGUUGACUGCGCUUCUCAACGCAUUUCGGGAGGAUGUAAACGAGCCCAUAGCGGCGGCCCUCUUGUACGAGAGGCAAAUACCUGCGGAUGGCAAGGAUAAAGGUCCCAAGCUUGUGGUCGGGGCCGACGAGAUGAGCAAUACCUUAUUAUAUGUUGAUGGUGAUAACGAUGACGAUGACGACCUAGAAAUUCAUAUGGGUUUGACGGCAGAAUUUCCCAACACACGAUUCACCACUCGAUACUUGGAUUCACACGUGUAUGUCCUGCGUCGAUCUGUCUUGGGGAUAUUACGGGAACAUCCCGGCCUUUUGUCCUUCCGUGAGGAGGUGCUACCUUGGCUUUGCAAGCUCGGGUACCGAAAGAGCAAGCGCGAUCGCUGGAACACGGCGCUUAAGCCCCAAGACCCAGUGUUAAAACUUGCCAUGUUACAUGCCACGACCCAUGUGGAACGAGACCUCGUGACAGGGAUGAUCAUCACCUCACCAACCUCAUCCGAAAUCCCGCAGCCAUAUGAUGAAGAGGUCACGCCAGAGGUCCCCAAAUCAAUGGGCAGUAAGCCCCUGCGCACUGCGUAUGUCUUACAUCGUGCCAAGGACGGAUUUUCCGGUAGAGGAAACACUAUACCAGGAUACAUGGAACUCAAUCGUCAGGUCCUUGCCCAGAUCACUUCCAAGUCUCACUCUGGGCGUGGCGGGAAGCCUUCGGCUGUCGGUGACUCAAUCAUUCCCAACAACGCCACAGUGGGCGAGAGAGCAUCCAUCAAGCGCUCGGUUAUUGGUGAGCAUUGUCGAAUUGGGAAAAACGUCAAGAUCCAGGGAUGUGUGGUGAUGGAUCACGUUGAGAUCUUGGAUGGGGCAAAACUCGACAAUUGCAUCAGACGUCGUUCAGAGUUCCCGCGGAUGCAAACCUGA